UGUGUCUGUGUGUGCGAUGUGUGCCUAUGUGAUGUGUGUGUGAUGUGUGUGAUGUGUGUGUCUGUGUGUGUGUCUGUGUGAUGUCUCUUUGUGUGUGAUGUGUAUGUCUGUGUGUGUCUGUGUGUGGGUCUGAGUAUCUCUGUGUGUAGGUCUGUGUGUAUCUGUGUGUAUCUGUGUGUCUGUGUGUGUCUGUAUGUGUGUCUGUGUGUGCCUGUGUGAUGUGUGUCUGUGUGUCUCUGUGUGUAGGUCUGUGUGUAUCUGUGUGUCUGACUGUGUGUGUCUGUAUGUGUGUCUGUGUGUGUCUGUGUGAUGUGUGCAUGUCUGUGUGUGAUGUGUACCUGUGUAUGUCUGUAUGUGUGUCUGUGUGAUGUGUGCAUGUCUGUGUGUGAUGUGUGCCUGUGUGAUGUGUGUGUCUGUGUGUGAUGUGUGUGACGUGUAAUGUGUGUGUCUGCGUGUCACACUCUGGGGCCUUCCGCCAAAGCCCAGACCAAGUGUCCCCGACUGCUGACCAUCCUUCCUUGCCCUGACAAGCCGGCCGCAGCGACAAGCCACAGGAAGUGAGCUGAGCGUGCGGGGGGGAUAAAGGGAGCUGCGUGCAGGUAGAGGCUCAGUCACUCGGCACAGACAGAGCCACUCCCCUGCACGACCAACCGCAGCCAUGCGCCUCGUUUUCCUGGCCCUGCUUCUCAGCGCCUGUCUCCUCAAGUCCGCCGUGGAAGGCGUCGGGAGUGAGGUGAUUUCCAGGAGGAUGUGCGUGAGGUUCAGCAACCGGCCCGUGCCCGGGGCCCGCAUCCGCACCUACACCAUCGAGGAGGGGCCCAUGAGGGCCGUCGUAUUUGUCAGCAAACGGGGCUUUGAAUUCUGUGCGGACCCUGACGAAACGUGGGUGAAAAAGGCCAUGAAGACCGUGGACAGCAGGAACCGCAUCAUGGUCCAGACGGGGUCUGCAGGGACCCAGCAGCCCACCGAGACCGCCGGGACCCUGGCCGCCUAGCCGCCUAGCCGCCGCCACCACUGCCGGGACCCUUGCUGGCUAGACCCGGGCCCCUGCGUUUCCAUUUUCACUUUUAUCUUUUUGUAUAUGCGUUUGCGUUUCCUAUUCUCAUAGCUGCUCUAAUGAAUAAAUAUUUAUUAUGACGAG